AUGGAGAUGCCAGCUAUCCAGAUACCUGCUGAAAGAGGAAUACAGCAGAACGUAGACUAUCCAGUUCUUGAAAUAAACUGGAGACAGGAAGCUGCGGGAAUCGUCUUCUACAGUUUAUGGCAGCAACAGGGAAUUGAUGAUGUGAAAGUAGAGGGAGGGGGUGGAGGGGUGGUCCGGCGUGGUGAAACGCUGCCGCAGGUUGCUCGGUUGCGGGCUUCGCGGCAGCUGGGGAGGGAAACCUGCCCUGGCUGGAAGCUGUCCCUUCAGAGCGGAGAUUCAUGCACAUAUCAUCCAGGUGUGCCAGUCUUUCAUGAUGCUCUCAAAGGUUGGUCAUGUUGUAAGAGAAGAACAACAGACUUUUCUGACUUCUUAAGCAUUGUGGGCUGUACAAAGGGUCUCCAUAACAGUGAGAAACCUCCUGAACCUGUUAAACCAGAAGUCAAAACUACCUCUGAACGAAAGGAGCUAGCUGAACUGAAACCCAAAUUUCAAGAACACAUAAUUCAGGCACCAAAACCAUUGGAAACAAUUAAAAGGCCAAGCCCAGAUGAGCCAAUGACAAAUUUGCAGCUGAAAGUGUCAGCUUCCUUGAAGCAAGCACUAGAUAAACUGAAACUGUCAUCAGAAAAUGAAGAGAAAAAAGAGGAAGACAGCGAUGAAAUCAAGAUUGGGACGGCAUGUAAAAAUGCAGGUUGUUCAAAAACAUACGAAGGACCACACAGCACAGAAGAAGUAUGUAUAUACCAUUCUGGUGUACCUAUAUUUCAUGAAGGGAUGAAGUAUUGGAGCUGUUGUAAAAGAAAAACAUCUGACUUCAAUACAUUUUUAGCUCAAGAAGGCUGCACAACAGGAACACAUGUAUGGACUAAAAAGGAUGCAGGAAAGAAGGUAGUUCCAUGCAGGCAUGAUUGGCACCAGACUGGAGGAGAAGUGACUAUUUCUGUAUAUGCUAAAAACUCUGUUCCUGAUUUGAGCUAUGUAGAAGCAAAUAGCACAAUGUUAAAUAUCCAUAUUGUAUUUGAAGGAGAAAAGGAAUUUCAUCGCAGUGUGAAAUUAUGGGGAGUAAUCGAUGUAAAGAGGAGUUACGUGAACAUGACAGCUACAAAGAUUGAGCUUACUAUGAGAAAAGCAGAGCCCCUAUUAUGGGCAAGUCUUGAAUUACCUGUAUCCAACACGCAACAAAAAAAAGAGAAUUCAGAUCAAUAAUGAUUCCAAGAGACGAGUUACUUCCCAUUAUGAAGUGGUGACUUGCUACUGUAAUCAAAUAUUUAACUUUUAUAUCGAUUCAUUUUUUUUAUGCUAGAUCAUAUGUUCCAUUCUACAAAGAAAUUUGAUGUACAGUAAAUGGGGGUGUAAACGUGAAGGGUAACAGCUAUUUCUGCUCUUGCUCCCAUGAGUAUAUUUAUUGUAGUUGGAGUGUCUCCAUAGGGAUUUAGAGUAGAAGAGCUAUUGCCCUUUGCUUACAACCUUACCUACCAUGCACUGACUAGCCAAAUAGAGGUGUUCUCAGUCCACUGUGAGUGUUAAUUUUUCAAGUGUUCGGUUUAGACUGGAUCUACUGGGUAGCACGUGUUAAAUUCGGCACUGUUCGUUAUGGCGCAUACAGUAACACAGAUACAAAAAUCUGAGUUCAUGAAGUGAUUAACAUCCAAUUCUACAUCUAGAAUAAAAAGGUACGUAAACAUAAAUAUGGAAGAACACUGUAGACUUGCAUUUUUGUCUUUGAAACUAAGGUUUGUUUCAAUACCUGUUGGCUGUGGAGGGAUGGAAUAAAAGGUAUUUUGCUAAGGAUUUCAGUACUUGCUGAUUCUUUUGCUGUCUUUCAUGUGUAAAAGUAGGAGAUCAGAUUAAAAUAAAAACGAAGUUGGCAAGAGGGGAUUUUUUUUUUUUUUUAGUCCUGUACAUUUGGUAUUUGAGUUGUUAAAUAUAAAAGUGAAUGGACGGUGAAAUGGCUGAUUAACAUCUCAGCUGUGGACAAUAUACAAACAGCAGACUAUUGUAAAAUUACCAAGGUGCUGUAUAUAUUUGAUAGUCAUUAGAAUGUGUUUUCUGCCCUAUUCUACAACACUCAAAAUUAUGAAUCUUUUUUCAAAGUAGUUGGAUAUGUGUAGUAGGAGAAGCCAGUACACACUGUAGGUGUCUGAGGAAAAUUAUUUCCAUGUAGAUAUGCAUAGUUCUUGUUUCUGAGGAUGAUAGUCUAAGAACUAAAUUUAUCUACAGGAGAAAUCUUAGGAGAAACAAACCACAAGCUUUAAAAUGUCUGUCUCAAAUCAUAAUUGUACCUUUGAAUUAAAAUAUUUUAAAAAUAUUAUUUCUUUUGAACAGCAUAAGUAAAACACUGUGAUUAGAAAUCAAGAUCUUAUUUUUGGUUUCAGUUCUCCAUCAGUAAAGAUUUGUGGCUGAAAACAGGAUAGUUUUCAAGAUGAUACUUUUGUCCAAGCAGCAAUACAUGCAGUAACGUUGCUUUCUUUUUCUGCUUGAAAUAGUUUCUUAAUUUGGGGUUGCAGCUGAAAGAAAAACAAUGUUUUCGUAUGUAAGUCAUGCAAAAUGUACACCAUUAUUUACUGUGCCAAAACUUUAUAUAUGUAAACAAGCAGUCCUGUGGACUGUUGAAAUGUGUGGAUGCUCAUCUACCUACCUUGGCAGAUCUGGAAUAACGUCAGGAGAAACGCAGAACACAGUAAAGCCUUUCUGAAGUUAAAUAGGGGCUUCUAAGAAUCUUACUGUUUUCCAACAGGUAUGAUUGGACUUGAGCUCGGAGUUCUGUCUCUAGCAGUACUUGAAACCCUACUUCAUGCUUAAAGUAGUAGGAAAUACAUUACCAAAGAAACCGUCCCCAAACACCAAGAAAGUAACACAAGUGCCGUAUAUAUGAAAUUUGUUUUGGUGCUUCUUUACCUUCAUUUCAAGAUCCUGUUUCCUCAUUGACUUGGAGGGAGUGUGGUUGCUUAUUCCCUUGGGCCCCUAUUGAAAGUUCCAGCUCUUAAGGUCUGCCUAAAAGAUUCUGUUAACCUCUAAUAAUGCCGCCUUUGUUUUUUUCUUUUUAAAUAAAUUUGAAUAUGUUAGGUGCUGUGAAGUGAUAGGGUACAAGCUUACAAAAAUGUGUGCCUGCAAAUGGUCCCCUAAAAAUGGAACAGAUGUUCCCUGAUGUGUUCUGAACCAACAAGUGGAGCUCUUACUAGUAUAAUACUGAGAACAAUCACUUCAGUGGAUGAAGAAUUCUAGAUAGCUGUAGCUACUAGCGUGCCAUCUGUGCUUUUUGUAUGCAGAACUCUGAACUUGGACAGCAAAAUGAGCAGUGUUUGAAUGCCAGGGUAAAGUUCUUAUUUAACAAGCAAGUUCAAACGUGUCUGUCCAUAUGGAUAUAUAAAUACCCUACAUAUCUUACAUGCUCCACCUUUUUUAACAUACUUUCACUUUAUUUGCAUCCUCACGUGCAGUAGGUUUACAUCAUGUAAAAUCCAUUUUAAAGAACUACAAGGGAAAUGGAGUUUCUUGGGAAAACAGAAUUUCUGGUUUUAAGCAAGUCAUAUUCUCCCUUAGUAUUCUAAAUACUAAAUGGAGAGAAAUGUGGAUGCAUGGACCUUCUGCUGUUAAUGCUGCAGGCUUUGGGACCCCGUAACUAUUUGUUACGCUCUUUCAAGCUACACUUUGCUGGUAGCUGAGUCAAUGUGUCCAUAAGUAGAAGAAAGCUCCUGUAAACAUGGUCCUCAGUUUUGCAUUUGCUUUUUAUUCAUUCCUCCUACUCUCUUCCUGUUGUUCAUACUUUCAGCACAAAAUUAAAGAUACUUCAGGAGUUCCAUAAUGACUUUCCCCAUCAGUGGCAAUAAAACCACUUUUAAAAUUCACCCGUUUAAAAAAGUAAGCAAAUAAAAGAAAGCCCAGCUUUGAUCAGGUAAGAAGGUAUAGGUUUUACAAAUAAUAGCCUAGUUUUCUAUGGCCUGCGACGCUUUCAAAAUAAAGGGAUAAACUUUCAGAUGGUAUAGGCUGCUGUAAGUCUCUUGUUUAACUGCAUUAAUUCUUAGCAGCUUUGUGUAACCAUAUGUCUGCAUCCAUCAUCGAGCUGCAAAAGCUGUAUCACUUCCUGAAUUUGAGCGUUUUGAGCAGUUGCUCAGAACAGGCUUCAACACACCAAUGUUUGAUCCCGGUGUUUCAUGAAAUGACGGCUUGACGUGGAUAGCGGUAGCUGACGCUUCGAUGGGAUCUUGGUUUGGCUGUAGCUUUUAUUAGUAAAUGUGGAGAGAAGGUGAAACCAACUGUAGAGUACCAAACCAAUCACAAUACUUUCUGAAAAGCAAGAUUUGAAAACUAAGCUAAGUGAUUUUUGAUCACAUAGGCUUUCACCUGUCUAAUAGUAGUGAAACGGAAUUGCAAACCUGUAUGUAUUGGAAUACUGGCUGUUAAAUUUACCCUUUUUUUUUCAUGUUUUCAGAAGUUGUGCUGUACCUAAGAAGUUGGUUGACUUGGUACAGCCUAGCUAUAUUUUUAUAAUUAAUGAAUCUUUGAAAGCUGUAGUGUGUUGCAGUGCGGGUUUCCAUGUUCCACAUGUAGGCAGCGUAUUACGUGUCUCAGAACUGACUGUUCAGGUGCAUUUCCUUCACAAUCCCUUUUUAAUAUGAAAAAUCUCAUGGGUAUACAAGUUUGUGACAGAAAUCUUAAUCUUUUCCCUCAUGUAUAAGCCCAUUUUCCUACCUAGCAUUACAUACCGUAUCUGUAACAACGUUUCUUGGAGGAGUUGGAAUUUAUUUUUAAUGUUAAUAUACUGUUAAGCACUGGGCUGUUCAGCUACUCUGACUCUUAUGUGGCACUGAUGUAACGACAAAUCUUCCAUUGGACGAUCUUCUGGAACGUGUACACUAUCAAGUCACCAUUUCAGUAGUUUAGGGACUAGUUUUACUAGGAAUUUUGCCUUGAAAAAGAAAUCUACUUAUUCUAUGGGACGAUGCAUUUUUUGCUUGCAUUCUUUAAACAUGGCAUGAAUAUUGGUUAAAUACUGUACCUGUUAAUCAUUGGUCUUUCCCUAUUGCUGCUAAAAUUCUUUUUAUCUCCGUUCAGGACCGAGACCCUUUUUAAAGUCAUGAGUUAGGUGUCUGGAACACUGUUUUAAGGCGGUAAUUUUGCCAUUGUAAGAGUCUUGAAUUGCAGUUGAAGGGGGGAGAUGUCUUUUUGCAUGGUUGUUCGGUUCUGCACAUUCACAAAACUUAUACGCAGAAAUUAAUCUCAUGUCUUCAUGCUCCAUUUUUUUUCCAAAUGUAUUCAAUAAAAUUCUUAUUACACGCUG